AUGUUUACACAUGUUAUACGACGUUGUUUUGUUCCUUGUCUUAUUCGACGAUCAUUUUCUAUAGUUGCAAAUAAUUCUACAUUACCUUCAUCACCUAUUCGUAUUUGUAUUGUUGGCAGUGGUCCAGCUGGUUUUUAUUUGACACAAAAUUUACUUAAACUUCGUCAGACAGUUCCAGCAACAAUUGAUAUCAUUGAAAAAGCACCUGUACCAUUUGGUCUUGUUCGAUAUGGUGUUGCACCUGAUCAUCCUGAAGUAAAAAAUGUUAUACAUACAUUUACAAAAAUAGCUGAACAUGAAGAUGUACGUUUUAUUGGAAAUGUUCAUAUUGGUAAAACAAUUGAAUUAAAAGAAUUACAAGAAUUUUAUCAUAUUAUUGUUCUUGCUUAUGGUUCAUCUGUUGAACGUAAUUUAAAUAUUCCUGGUGAGACAGCAUUAGAAAAUGUUUUCUCUGCUAAAGAUUUUGUUGGAUGGUAUAAUGGUGUACCAGAAAAUUCUCAACUUCGACCACAACUUGAUCAUACAGAUCGAGCUAUUAUUAUAGGAAUGGGCAAUGUAGCACUUGAUUGUGCUCGAAUUCUUCUUUCAUCUAUUGAUGAUUUAGCUAAAACAGAUAUAACUGAUAUAGCACUUGAUACACUUCGUCAAAGUCGAAUACGACAUGUAAUACUUGUUGGUCGACGUGGACCAAUGCAAGUAUCAUUUACUAUAAAAGAACUUCGUGAACUUACUAAAUUAAAUGGUGUAAAAUCAAUGUUAAAUAAAGAUGAUUUUAAUCAAAUUGAUCAAACUAUGAUUGAUAAAUUAGAACGACCAAGAAAAAGAUUAACGGAAUUAAUGUUAAAAACAGCUCAAACAAAACAGUCGAAAGAUAAUGCUGAACGAUUUUGGUAUUUAAAAUUUUGGCGUCGUCCAAAACAAUUAAAUGGAAAAACAGUUGUUGAAAGUGUUGAUUUUGAACAUACAAAACCUGUAGCUAAUUGUGAUUUUUCUGAUCCAAAUCUACCCGUUCAACAAAAUGGAACUAUAGAAACAAUACCAUGUGGUCUUGUUAUUAAAAGUAUUGGUUAUUCGGGUAUCCAAAUCGAUCCAUGGUUACCAUUUGAUGCAGAACGUGGUAUUAUUCGAAAUCGACAAAAUCGUAUCGAUGAUCGACCUGGUUUCUAUUGUACUGGUUGGAUUGGACGAGGAGCUCGAGGUGUGAUUGCUGAAACAACAACAGAAUCCCAUACAGUUGCUAAACGAAUUAUGGAAGAUAUUGAACAAGGUCGUCUGACUAAUUUACAUGAUGUUAAAUCAGGAGGUGAUGGUUUAAUAUCACUUGCUAAGUCUCGUCAAAUUCGAUGUGUUUCAUAUGAUGAUUGGAAAAAACUAGAUGAACAUGAAACAAAUCUUGGUCAUGCCAAAGGGAAACCACGUGAAAAAAUAUAUAAAGCUAAAAAGGAACCAAGUGAUCCUUUCCUAAGUAAUGAAUGUCGUGAUGGUUCAAGAUGGCAUGCUAUGGAUAUGGGUCAUCUUGUUUUACAUUUAAUGGAUGCUGAAAUGCGUGAACAAAAUGAUCUUGAAACAUUAUGGUGUGUUGGUCCAAAAUAUGAUGAUCAAGUACAUACAAUUCAACAAUCAUUAGAUGCAAUUAGAAAAAUGGAUGAACAAUUAAAAGAAGAAGAAGUUUUAACAGUUGCUGAUAAAUAUCGACCACUUGAUAAUCCAUAUUCACAUGUUCGUUAUCCACUUGAAGGUCCAGGAGUAUUUCAAGAUCCACCACCACGAAAACAUAUGACAUUAGGUGAUCUUCCACAUAAAAAAAAUGUCGAAGAACAAACCAAUAUUGAAGUUGAAAAAGAAUUUAUUGAUUUACCAAGUGAUCCAAAACCACCAGUUUAUAAAGGACAAAAAGUUAAUUAA